AUGCCGCUGGAUAGCAGUCAGAGCUCUUUGAACCAUCACGCUGAACUAGCGGACCUGAAACAACUAACAACAAUAUACAAGAAGAACGGCGCGUUUGACAAGAGGCGAAGACAUCUCCUCGAGAACUUCAAAGUCUCGGAAACAUGCGAGAACCUCCUCUUGAAGCUCCGCAUCAUGAUCGAAUCCAAAGUGAAGAACGACCCCCAGAUCCUCAUGAAGAACAAAGGCAAGAUGGCCGCGUUGAUCCAGGGCGAGAUCGUCAACCGGGGAGGCAAGCAGUCAAACGAGCAAGAGAAUGACGCCUCGGCCAAGAUUGAGGAAAACAAUAGCAUCUUGAGCAUCGUUGACCGCGACAUCCAGGAGAAAAUCCUCGACUCGAGUGAGUUCCACGAGCUUUUGAAGGACGAAUUGAAGGAUAUCAAGCGGAAACUACUCGGGAUCAGCGAUGAAGACUAUGCCAAGCUCAGAGCUGACGAACGAACUAAACGGGAGAAGCAGCAAAAGGAAGAGUUGGCUAGAAAGUUGCGAAUCGAAAGAGAGCGAAAGGAACUCGAAACGAGAAAAUUGUAUCAGGGGAUGAGUCUAAAGAGUGGAGGAGGCUCUAGCUAUAGGGUUGACAAGCCCCUGGGUUUGCACAGUCGGAAUGGAGGAGAUAAGCAGGCUGCAAAGGAUAGCGACAAGAAGAAAAAAGUUGAAAAGGUGCAAGUGAUGCGGUACUAA